AUGUCUUGUCUCGUUUGCGAAACUGAAGCGCAUGGUCAGCAUUUCGGAAUUCGAUGUUGCCGAGCUUGCGCCGCAUUUUUCCGAAGAACUCUAACAAUGAAUUUGAGAUAUAAAUGUCGAUUCGAAAAACGAUGUGAAGUUUCGUUUAGUGAGUUUUUUUUUUCGCUUAUUAUUUUUCGUAGAAGGAUUUUCGUUGACUACAAAAAAUUUGCUAGGAGAUUUUUUGAUUUGAGAUGGAUGUGAAAAACAACACAACAUAAAAGAGUCUGAUUCGAUUCAGUUUUUCUUUGAUUUUUUGGGGAGAAUGGGGAGUUAUCUGAUUUUUGGAUAAAAAACGGGUCAAAUGGAAAGCACGAGUUAAAAAGUUUCUGAUCUCAUCGUUAGUAUUGAUCUUGUGAUUUUUAAAAAAAGUGGUUCCAUGAAAAAUUUGAUUUCUGUAUUAUUAAAUUUGCUCUCAUGUUUUUUAAUUCAAGUCAAACUUCUGAUAGAAAAUGAAAAAUAAAUAAUUUCUUGAUAAGAAAAUAUUUUUGUUAGCAAAUUUAUUAUUUUCAAUUUCCCUAAUGCUUCCAGAAUACUUCUGAAGCCUCUCAAGCCACCAGAUGCUUCUUGAAGCUCUCACAAACCCUUUCGAAGCUCUUGAAUACUCCAAACUCUCUAUAUUUUUUCUUUGUUGAAAAUCUUAUCUGAUUUUGAGGUCAAUGAAAAUUAGGUCAAAUGAGAAGCAUGAGUUACAAAUUUUCUGAUCUGAUCAUUUCUGUCAAAAAAAUUUCUUUGGUGUUUUGUUUUGUAAGAAAACAAAAAUAGAACGUAAUUUCCUUGUUUUCCUGUUUUUUUAGAUAGUACAGAGCUCUAUUAAAAACCAUAAGUGAAUUGGGAAUAUUUUUUAAUUUCUCUGCAAAUUUCGAGGGAGUUAUAAAUAUACAUGUUUUGAUCUCGUUUGGUUUCAAAUUUUCAAUAACCCUAAUGUAACUACAAACAUGUUUAAUCCUUCAAAAUCCCUAGUUUAAUCCUACCUAAUUCAAAGUCUAAACCUGCAUCGGCCAGCCAACAAUUUUCAUUUUCAAAAUGAAUCCUUAUCUGAAAGAUUACGAAAAAUCCUUUCGAUCUUUUUUGCUUCUCAUAAAUCCGUAGUUAUCUAAAAAUAGAUUUAUGAAAAAAUGAAUCAUAUAGAUAUUUUUCACCAAAAAUGUAGUAAUAUCUACAAAACAUGUGAUAGUUUUUAUUGAAAAUUAUUUUUUUCAUAGAGAUAUCGAUCGAAGGUACAUUUAUAAUUGUGUGUCUGAAAACCUAUAAUUUUUGAUAGCACAGUUGGUACAUAUUUUCUUUUUGAAAACUUAUUUUCAACUUUUUAUCGUUUUCACCUAAUUUUUCAAAACCUUCAGAUCAAAUGUUCAAUCGUGUAUCAUUGAACAUUUUUUUUUUGUCUCAAACACAGUUUGAUGUGUGUUGGUCUAUUUAGCCGGCAAUUUGAAAGAGUACCGUCUUCAUUAGAUCAAAAUACUGAUAAUUGAAAAACGCUUGGUCUUUAUUUUCACCGAAAUUUUAUUGAUUCAACUAUUUUAGUUGUUGUAUAGAAAAGAAAACUCACCCUAUUCUUUGAAUGUAACGUGUAUAUUUAAAUUUUAGAAUUUUUUAAAACCGUUUGAUUUUUUGUUCACGCGAAUUUUUCAGACAAGCGAUAUUCCUGCCGAAGUUGCCGAUUUGACAAGUGUCUUCGAGUUGGAAUGCGCAAAGAGAUGGUUCAAGCUAAAUCUGAAAAUGAAAAAGAUUCAAGCACUGAAACAGAUAGCAUCGGACAUUCUCCAGAAACUUCAAAUACUUAUUAUAAUCAGCUGCCCCAACAACCUUUGAUGGAUAAUUCGAAGAUUAUGAAUAAUCAAAUCACAAAUUAUAUGUCUGAUUCUUACACUCCAAAUAGCGAUUUAUCAAUGAGUUCUGGGAAUCAUCAAAAUUUUCAACAUCAUCAGCAAAGUGUUAUUGAAGAAGUCGGCCGCAUCCCAUAUGAUUAUUCCUAUACAGACCUAUCUAGUAAUGAUGAACAACAACAUCUUCAACUUCAACAUUUACACGCACCAACAUUAUUGCCGCAUUAUUCAUCAGGCAGUCCUCAAGAACUGGUUGCGGGAGUUUCGGAAAAUCCAGAUGUUUGGACUCCGGCUGCUCAACAAGCCACUGCUGAUCUUCAUGUUAAUGUGCAGAAUAAAAUCACGCCGAUUAUUGAUGCGUUAUUUGAGAUGAAUACCUGUCCGGUUGAUUUGGCUUCAAAUUAUCCUGGUCUACCGCUGACACUUUGUCAACAAGCAUUGCUGGCUUAUCAAGAACAUAAUCGACAAUGGCCACAGACAAAUGUGGUGAGUUUGAGAAAAAAAGCUUCGAAGUUUUUGAAAAUGUUCAAAACUUUUUUGAAAAAUAGAUUAAUUAAAUCAAAUUCGCCUGUGAAAAUGUUCACCUGUUUCUUGGAAGUUCAGGGACACUAAUCAACCUUACACAAAAAUUGUAAAAGGUUAUGAACUUCACCUGAUCACUAGUUUUUUGCAAAGCUGAUUUCACACAAGUGCAAAUUGUUCUCGGAAGUAAAAAUAAUUAAAUUUACCUCUGAAAGUUUCCACCUGCUCACAUAAAAGUUCAAUUGAAUCAUGUUAGAGGGAUUUAUGAAAACCUAGAAACAAUGUUCAAUCGGAUUUUCAAAAUUAUUUGCAAAAAAUAGGCUUAACACAAUUAUUUAUUCAUCUAUCACGAUUCGUCAAAAAACAAAAAUGAUUUAAACAUAGGGAACCCAAGUGUAGAACACGCAUUUAUUCUUACGACAUCGUUUGAGCGGGUUAAGACACAUUGACCAAGCACUUAUUGGAUUCAACCAGCAUUCAGCUUGCGGAGAUGGGCAAAGUGGAUCAAGUUUGCAUAAGUAAUCUCUAGCUUUUUCUUUGAGAAUUUGAAAUUCACUUCUGGCUUCGGUUUUGAUUUCAGUUUCGUUUUGAGCAAAAGUUUGCGAAACUAGAAGAAUCAGUAUGAAUUUGAGAGCCAACAUUUCUGAAAAAUAGGAAUGAGUUAGUAAAAUACAGAAAUAUGACCUUUUUUAAAGUAUGCCCAGAGGAGUGUCAUAUUUUAUAUCAACAAUUUUAGUAUAAAUAUUACAUGGUGGGCAAAAGUAUAUACAAAAAAGGAAAUCGUACAGUUUUUGAUAUAAAUAGAUUAUUUUGGCUGAGGAAAUUUACUAUUAGAACAGAAAUCAAAAAAAAAACAAAAAAAAUCGAAUUCUCGAGAAUUUCAGAUAUAUUCUCUCAUAAAAUUUCACGCAAUCAGAAUUUUGAAUAUUUUAGAUUUGCCAUUAGAUGUUUGUGUAGAAAUUUCAAAGAAAAUCAAUGUUUUGAAUAUAAUUCAAAAUAUUAAACUGAAAUUAGAGUUUCAAAAUUAUAAAGACUAAUUUUUUAUAGUUUUUUUUCCAGAAAAUAUGAAAAGAAAACCUUUUCAUCAAAAAAUAUUUUCAGAUAAAAAUUUCUAAUUUUUUCAGAACUCCGAAAAUGCUCCACUCGACAUGGAAGAAUUUAUGAGAAAUCACUGUAUUGAAAUCGAACAUAUUGCUCGAUUCUGUAUGUCAAUCCGAAUGUUUGCCCUUCUACCAAAAAGCCCAAAAAUGGAUAAUUUUCAAACAUUUCUGGAUUCGUUUUUAUGAACUUGACAGAUGCUUUGUCACAUGUAAACAACUUGGCUAUAACAUUGAUGAUGAACGUACAGUUACUCUUAAUGGUCAAGUCGUCAAUUUCGGAAUCUCUGUAGUGAAAUUAGAAAAUAUUAGUGAUAUGGAUGCUACCCAGGUUAAAAAGUGAGUAGCUUCUUGGGUAGUUUUUCAAAAAUUAUGAAAAUUUUCAGUUUCCUCAAAGGAAGUAUGGACAAGUUCCGACUGAUCUUUGUGAAUCCUUUCAAAAAAUUACAACCUUCUGAAUAUGAGUUGAUGUAUAUGAUGAUGAGCAUUAUGUGGAGUGUGAGCAGUAAGUUUUUUUCUGAUUCAAUGAUAAUCGUCGUGUGUGGUCCCAGAAAAAUUACGGAAUAUCAGAUAGACAAGUUUUUGUUUUGGAAAAAUGACAGGCGGUGUUUUUAGCGGGGAGAAUUGUGAAUACAGUACACCAUAAAGAUGUAUGAUUUUUUGAUACUUAUUUGAGAUAUUAUCGUGGGCGGCCUUGGACCGAUAUUGUUUUCUACAGUAACCCGACAACUUGGAAUGAGAAAUUAAUUUUAAAUAAUUUUUCUAUACGGGAUAUUCUGAAAGUAAAAUUUCAAAUAGCUAAAAAUUUAAGCCUAAUAGUUUUUUAAUAACCACAGUAACCUGGGAGGUCUAAUAAGCGUAUCUAAAAUUAUUUUUCGAAAUCAGAAACAUAGUGCGUGGUCAAAUGAUUUUUAAGGAUUUUUUAAAGAUAAAUUUUGAACCCCCCCCUCAUAAUAACCCUUCAUAAAGAUAUAUUUUAGAUCUUUCAGACCUACCUGGAAUCAGUGAGCAAACUCGUGCAAUUGCUGAAAAAACUGAAAUUCGUCUCGCCGAAGAUUUACACACAUAUUAUGCUGAAAAAUACGAUAACAAUAAUCCAAAUUAUGCUGGAAGAAUCACCAGAUUGAGCAGUAUUGCGUCAGCCGUUGAUGUGAGUUGAAAUAUAUUGUAUUUUUUUUCUGCAACUCAUUCAUCUUCUUUCAGGAAAUCACCGAACGACGAAGAGAAGACAGUCAAGUUUCAAAAACAUUCAACAUUUUCAAAAGCGACUUCUUUUUCAGUGAUCUUACUGAUUUUCCAGUCUAA